GUUUUCUACUGCACACCGUUUUAGAUACCUAGAUACGAGUUAAGUAGGGUGAAUCAAUACUCGAUAAAAGACGCCAUUUGAUUAAAACAAUGGAUUAUUAAACUGUUUGUAAACAAAUGUGAAUUUAAACAGGCAACAUGAUAAUCUGUCGGUAAUAACAAAACAAACAAGAUGAAAUGCGUUUUGUUUACAAGUUGUGUACUAGUUUUCUAUAUACACACUGUGCAGAAUACGAUACUCAGUAGAAGCUUACAUGACGUAGAUGUGCGAGAGCUUGAAAUCACGUCGGAUGUCGCCCUUAGAUACGCGAAAGUCUUAGUAAAGAGUGUAAUGAUCAAUCGGAAGUCAGCUGACCAGGAAGUGACGUUUCAAGUUAAGCUCCCGAAAGAAGCGUAUAUUACAAGUUUUGUUAUAGCCACAGACAAUAGGACAAUCGAAGCGGUUAUUAAAGAAAAAAAGAAAGCACAAGAAGCCUACGAUAAAGCUAAGGAAGACAAUGUAACCGCGGGUCUUGUUAGCCAUCAAGGCGUCAGAGAUGAUUUAGAUUUGGACAUCUUUGAAAUCGAGGUAAACGUAGCUGGGGACACUGAAGUAGAAUUCCGUCUAGAAUAUGAAGAAUUUUUGCAACGUCGUGCUGAGAAAUAUUCUCAAAAGUUAUUUAUAGACUUAGAGCAGGUGAUACCUAGUCUGGAAGUAAAAUGCAGUUUUAAAGAGAAACAGAAGUUUAAAUAUUUCUCGUACAAGACACCGUACCUUAAACAACGCGUAAUUUAUGAAGAGGGCGUUGUGUCAAAAGAUGGUUACUAUGUAAAUACCAUAGACUGGAAGCCAAGUACUACGGAACAAGAAGUAGCAAGUGUUGGACUAGAAGCGCCAUUUGUAGUAGAGUAUGAGUUAGAACUGGAAGACAACGGGGGUAUGGUUUUCAUGAAUAACGAUGGUAACUUUGUUCACCUGUUUUCAGUCCCCUGUGACGAGAGUAACGUCAUGAGGAAACAAAUUGUGUUUGUAAUAGAUAUAAGCGGUUCAAUGUCUGGAAAUCCAAUACAUCAAGUUCGAGAAGCCAUGACCAUUAUACUUUCCCAGCUUCGGUCAACGGAUUAUUUCAAUAUUAUCAUAUUUGAUGACAUUUCUGCCAAGUGGGAAACGAGUUUUCAGCAAGCUAAUCCAGAUAAUACAAACGCGGCAAAAUUGUUUAUUCAAAAGUACGUUAAAGCAAGUGGCUCUACAAACAUAAACGAUGCGCUUCUGAGUGCUAUUGACUUAUUUAGUCGUUCUAAUUCUGUUGAACGCUACGGACAAAUAAUCGUUUUUCUAACUGAUGGGGAACCAACACACGGUAUAACGGAUACGUCGGCAAUACGACAGAAUGUCCGAGAUAGGAAUUAUGUACGUGAAGAGUGCUGCAAAUCCACAAUAAACACCAUUGCAUUUGGGCGGAAUGCUGAUAUAAACUUUCUACAACUGAUUGCAUAUGAAAACGCUGGUACUUUGACAAUUAUCAAAGAGAUCGAAAGCAAUGUAGCAGACGGUGAACUGAUUUCGAUGUACAAUGAAAUUGCGAAUCCGUACUACAAAAACCUAGUAUUCUCAUUCGAAGUGGACGGUGCAGUUUUACCGGAAACCAAUAUCACGCAAGCGCAUUUUCGGCAAUAUGAUUGCAAAGGUGAACUUGUUAUAAGCGGCCAGACACGUCCGGGAGAGAAAGUAUUGCCUACAGUAAAAGUAGUGGGCGCACGUGAUGAUUUUACCUUUAACAAUGUCCCUACAAUUCUAAUAUUAGACGACGAAUCUGAGAUGCUGACACGGCUUGCUGUCUAUCAAAGGGUGAAAUAUUUCUUAAAAGAAGCCGAAAUAGCGCUCGAUGCAAAUGAAAGGGAGAAAGCGAACAAGGUAGCGUUAGAAUUGUCACUGCAGUAUGGAUUUGUCACACCGUUAACUUCACUUAUUGUUACCGACUAUGCACCAACACAAACUGCUGGAAAUGUUGACUAUGGAUUUGAAAGCCAGAGUUACGACUUGCAAUACGAUAAAAGACUUCCUUCGGGACAUGGGAAAGCAGAUGGGGCUCAUGCAUCUGUACGUGCAAAUAACAGUGACAAACUGUGUCUGCCAUUCAACGUUUUAGUCACUUUAUUAGUUAUUUCAAAAUGUUUUGUCACGAUUCUGUGAGCUGAAUAUAAUGUGGUAAGAGAGUAAAUGAAUUCUGGCUACUGGUAAGCGAACAGUUACAGUAUAAAAUGCUACAUGCAUCUAGCAGGACGACAUAAUUCGACAUGCUUUAACAACUGUUAACAUUUACGUUCUUUAACUUCCUUAAUUAUUAUUAUCAAUUGUGUAAUUGUUUUUUAACUUUUGAUAUUUGUGUACAUGUACAUAUUUUGUUAUUCCCUGCUGUAUAGUUGAUGUAAACACGUCAUGAACGAACAUAUUUUCUGGUUCCCUAUUCAGCGCAUAUUCCAAUGUUUUCAACGAGAAUAAAUCUAGAAUUAUUGCUCAGCAUAAUACUAUUCCGCAACUAAUGACACCGUACUCUCAUUAGGCAUACGAAGAUGGAGAAAAUUAACCCUUAUCCUGCUAAAUUUAUUUAAUGAACUUGUCCAUUUUUCAAUCUGCCUAGCACCAAUCAAAAAGGGGUGUUAACCAAAAAGAAUGAAUAGCGAACAGUGCAGAUCUUGAUCAGACUGUACGGACGUGCAGUCUGAUCAUGAUCUACACUGAUCGCAAAGGCAGAACCCAUCGUGUUCAGCAUAAUAAGGGUUAAAACAAAUAUAUUGAGGAAACAUAUUUUAAUGUAUUUAUGAAUAUCUAUGGUUUCUUUCUAAAAUGAUGAAAUAAAAUAUUUAAUUUACAAAAGACGACAGUUAAUACUAGUAGAUCAUUAAUAAUUAACAGUACAUUAAUUAGACUGCUCAUAUUAUUCAUACGAAGAAUCAUUUUUAAGCCAUUUAUGAAUUAUGCUUUUGUCAGGAUUUAAAACGGAGAAAGAAAUAUGUAUUUAUACAUGUGUACUUGUUUUAGCUUUAAGGUUUAAAAGAUAACCUUUUUUCCGAGAUACGAAAUCAUUUUAUCUUGUAACCUUUGUCAUUUUGCGUGUUGUUAGUUACAUAAUAAAAUAAAUUGAAUUGAA